GGUCGGACCACGAGGGGCCACACGGGUCCGUGAGCGGACCAUGGCGGACCAAAGACGACUGCAUCCUUUCAGUCGGCCGCUGAACCCGCGCGCCGUGCGGUUGCUCGUGUGUGCAUUGCACUUGACUUCGAUUCAUCGCGUAUCGUUCUUUUUUUACACUACACCGCAGGACUACGCGUGUGAGGUUUUUCUAUUCGCCGGCUGUCCAUCCGUACCUGCGAAGGUAACCAAGACCGAGGGAAACGACAAGACUACGAUCCAGUGGGAUCUCUCCUGGCCAAACCAGGACCACGACAUACGUUUACGGAUUUUUUGGAGUACGUCUUUAGAUUGUUUUCGUGCGCGGGCGUAACGCCGACGUGAAGUUCUUCUGCAUGAUUUCGUACAAACGGUCGUUGCACGGUACGAAAGGCACCGAGAGCGACGAGGAUGACGUAGCCGUCUGGCGGCUGCCAGUUGACGAGAAUCGUAUCGAGAGGAUGCACACGACCGAACAGCGAGGCGUCGACGUUUUCGUUUACAUUUCGAGACCAGUCAAUUUCGAACGCGUUGUCGAAGGAAGCCGAGAUACGCCGGGAUCGAGAAUCGCCGCCAGAGUAAUGAUACUCGGCUAGAGACGUGUCGUUCCGUCCGAUUUCACACACAGAGAAAAAGAGAUAGAGAGAAAGAAAGAGGGAGAGAGAGGGGAGAAUAAAAAGAGAAAAGAGAAAGAAAAAACAAACGAAAAGAAAGGGGGGGAAGAAAAUAAGAAGAGAUCGCUCGUGCUCGAUACGCUCGAGAUUCUCUUUCUCUGCCGGGGCGCUCGAGAUCAAAAAGACUGAAUAUCAAAGAGAGGCAAAGAUGUUGGGAGUGAGUCAACCGGGAAAUCCACCCUCGAGCCUGCGACACUCGGCGAGUUUCUCUUGUUUGCAACGCGGCACAGCUAGCGAGGGACACAGGGCGAGGACCUCGACGCUUCUGCAGCAGCCGAGCUUGCAGCUGAGCGGCAGCAACCAUCACCAAUACGCCACCGGGCAGACGUCGCUGCUGCAACAGUCUACCGGCACGGUUCAGCAUCGGAUCGAGGCGUUGGAGGCUGUUCAGGACAGCAACGAUUACGGUUUCGUGAAAAUCCGGCCGCGUCUUCGUAGCACGAACGCAACGUUGCACUACGAGGAGGAGCUAGCUGCCCAGAAGAACGAUCGCGGCGCCUCGGUUUGGGACCGGGACGCGUCGGCGUUCAGCGACCGCGAAUGCGACACCAAUUACAGGGAAUUCUCGUUGAAGAUCAAGGACAGGGAACACUCGCCGAAGGGAGCGUCAGGGAAGAAUCAGAAUCCGUUGAGGGGUGCUCUGAUACUCUUCACAUCGACGUCGUCGUGGUGGAAGGCCAGGCAACGGGAGGACCAGCUGAACAGUUCGGACCGUGCGUUCACCUCGAGCAGCGGAGCGAUGCUGGCCUCGUCGGCCGAGCGAAAGUGGUCGAGCACCUCGAUGGCGUCGCCGUCGAACGAACGAAAGUGGCCGUCGGCGGCGGUGACCUCGCCUACGAACGACCGGAAGUGGUCGGUGGGCAACAGCAGCGCUCUAACCUCGCCGGGGAACGAGAGGAAGUGGACCAGGUCGUCGGUCUCGUCGAACUCGACCGGGCAGCAAGACAGGAAGUGGCGGUCUCUCGGUGCUUUGCUGAGGGCUCCGACCGGCGCUAGUUCACACGCUGUUCAACACUCGCUGUCGCAUAACAUGAGCGUCUCCAUGAUCGAGGGCGAGCACUUCCGGGACGAUCUGCACGGCUCGAGUUGCAAGUCGACGCGUUACCAGCAGCCCACCUCCUACUCGGCCCGCGUGUCGCGCGUGACUCGGGACAUCUACAGAGAGAACGGGGAAUUCGGUCAGACCGGCAGGUCGAAGGUUAGCCGCAGAUUGUAUCAGGAAGCCGCGGACUGCGCGGACAGAGACGUGGAGGAGAGACACGUGACCGUGAGACAUCAGUUCGACGACGAGUGCAGAGGCCGGACGAAUCGCGAGAGUAUCUGCAAAGCGGAGCAACAACAGUCGAUCAUCGGCGCCGAUACGCGCACCGCCACGUCGACGACCACGCGAUCGAACCGGGCGCAGAGCUUUUAUCUCCUCGACGACUUUCUGCGGCCUCAGCCGCAGCAGAACAACAAGUGCAUGUUGAACGUUUACCUGUCGCCGUCGCACUCAAAGUUGUCCGGCAGUGGCAACGACCAUUCGGCUGGAAGAUCGGCCGACGCGAAGCAGCAGGCCUCGCAGGGGAACGUAACGACGAACAUCACGCCGCCGCGACGCCAUAACUCUAGCUCGGAUAGCCUAGAGGUGGCGACUAGUCCGCUUCCGCCGCCGGUGCCGCCUCCGCCGCCCCAGGUCACCGCCAGCCGCGACAGAGAAAGGGCUGAGAAUUUCAAAGAGAAGGACGUGUGCCAGUGCAAAAUGUGCUGGACCAAUAUACAGCAGAGAUCAUUCGUUGAAGAGGUGAGUAGGCGCUCCAAAGAACGUGCAUCUCUCUACCAAGAGACGGGGAGGAGUCCUGGAACGUUGCACAAAGAUGUCGGUGGUGCUGGUACCAAGGUCAGCGGAAAGACGGUCGGCGGUGUCGGCACUGCAACCCUCACCACGCUCUCCUCCAUUAAUAACACAUCCAACACCAGCCGAAACAAGAAUAAUCCCGUAUCUCAAGAGAAAUUACUGUCGUUCUUCCACCCCAAGUCGACGCGAGUGGACAAAUCGGACAACAAUAAUACAACCAACUCCACGACCAACAACAUCCACAACAAUAUGCCGAUACACGAGCCUAUCAACGCGACAUCUCACGAUGUAUAUCCAGCUGGAAGAUUGCCAAUGACAGCUGCGGAGGCUCUCAAGUAUUACGGCUCGAGGCUCACCGAGUUCGAGCGCGCCGAAAUCGAAAAGUACUCGGAGAUUUGGUAUCUCGGGCUGUCGGCUAAUAAGAUCCGUGGCGAGGAGGGUGCAGCCCAAAACGGUGGAUACGACGACGAAAACGGUAGUUACAACAAGGUCUUCCACGAUCAUAUCUCGUACAGAUACGAGAUACUGGAGGUGAUCGGGAAAGGAAGCUUCGGGCAAGUGAUCAGAGCGUUGGAUCACAAGACGGGACAGUACAUCGCCAUCAAGAUCAUCAGGAACAAAAAGAGGUUCCAUCACCAGGCGCUCGUCGAAGUGGAGAUCUUGGAACACCUGAGGAAGAAAGACUUGGAGGCGAACGCUUCGCACAAUGUGAUACACAUGCUAGAAUACUUCUACUUUAGGAACCAUUUGUGCAUCACCUUUGAGUUAAUGAGUUUGAAUUUGUACGAGCUAAUCAAAAAGAAUAACUAUAAGGGAUUUAGCCUGAGCCUAAUACGACGAUUCGCCAACUCGUUAGUUAGCUGUCUGAAACUGCUGUAUCGAGAGAAGAUCAUCCACUGCGAUCUGAAACCCGAGAACGUGCUUUUGAAACAGCGGGGAAGCAGCUCGAUCAAGGUGAUAGAUUUCGGAUCAUCGUGUUACAGCCACCAGCGUGUAUAUACGUACCUCCAGUCGAGGUUCUAUCGAAGUCCAGAGGUAAUUCUGGGCCUUCCGUAUGGCACGCCGAUCGAUAUGUGGAGUUUAGGCUGUAUCCUGGCCGAACUUUACACCGGCUGCCCGUUAUUCCCCGGCGAGGAUGAGAUCGAACAGCUCGCUUGCAUCAUGGAAGUUCUCGGCCUCCCGCCGGAACAUAUUAUCGAUCACGCGACUCGUCGCAGGCUUUUCUUCGAUCCGAAGGGAAGUCCUCGAUGCGUGACAAACAGCAAGGGCAAGAAGAGGUGGGCUGGUAGUAGGAAUCUUGCCGUGGCUCUCCGUUGCACCGACGCGCUUUUCGUCGACUUUGUUCGCAGAUGCCUCGAGUGGGAUCCAAAGAAGCGCAUGACCCCCGACGAGGCGAUGCGUCACGAGUGGCUGAACUCGUCCUCCUUUCACGUUGGCUCCUCGACGUCGACGAUAGCCGCGUCGACGGUGAACGCGAACACGAACGCGAACGCGAACACAACGAGCAUGGAAACGUCGUCGCAGUCCGCCCACGCUCAAACGGUGAGCGUGACGGUGAGCGCGCCGAGGCAACGGGCAACCACCGUCGAGGAUCCUCCGUACGCGAUGUACCGUCUGUGCAAAGGGCGUAAGUACGUGCAGAGGAUCAGCACGACCGAGAACACCGACAACGCUGGCCUCGUGGUGAAGAGCAAGCUGAACGGAAGCGCCAGCAGCCACGCGCUCGCCAGUAGCACGCAGACCACUACCUCGAGGCACGCCUCGACCGGCGAUAUCGUCGCGAGUCUGGACCCAAAUCUCGACGAUUCCGGCGCCACCGGCACGAGAAAAAGAGAGAGAGCUGGCCACAGAAGCACUUUGUUCGACUAUAGUCAAACCGGCGAGUCCAACAUUUAACGACUGUAGUAUCUAAGCUACACAUUUACACAUACGUUCGAGACACACAUACACACACACACACACACACACGCCCCAAAUUUAUAGCGAAACAAGAAAUAUCAAAUUGUGUAUAAUAACUAACAUUAAAAAGAAAAAGAAAACACACACACACAUACACACAUAUGUGUGCGUCCGUAUGCGUAUGCGCGUGAGAACGAACGAGAAAAAGAAAAAUGGAAACAGAGAGAAAGAGAGAGAGAGAGAGAGAGAGAGUCACGAGGGGUAGAAAGAAACAGAGAGAGGGAAUACGUGUUACAGAGAGAACGUGCGUCUAGCGAGAAUGCGUUACAUUAUCGCAUAUACAUAUAUACAUAUACGAUUUUACGUGUUAAGUAACCCACGCGGAAGCGAAAAAAAAAAACGAGUUAAAUAUAGGAUAUCCAUUUAGAAAAUAAAAUAGAGAGAAGACCGUUCGAACAACGUAGCUCCAGUACGUGGAGUCCUCUGCUCCCCCUUUACUCUCACCUCCCCCCACCCACCCAUACCCACACCUUGGUGUACUGUUCGAUCGUCUGUAAUCGCGCCGAUUAAAUCGUUUAUCAAAUUCUCAAUUCGGGAUGAUACUUAUCCCUCGAGUUUUGUACACGUUCGAACGAUGAUCCGAUCGUCUUGAUAUGUUCGACGAGUACGAUGAAUACAAUUAUUCGCUAUAUGCCAUGACUGCCGUUAUUUCAGACGCGAGAGUUGCAUGUUCAGUGUCCGAUAUAUGCCGUAGAAGCAAAAGAGUUUAAGUGAGCAGUUACCUACAGUAACAGUCAUUUAAUCGAGGAACAUACCAAGCGAGAACAUCGUUCUCAUCGUUAUCGGUUCUUUUGUUCUUUUCUUUUUAACGAUGAACGAUUUAAUCGAAUCGACGGAUUCGCGGAUUCAUUUCAAGAGGAAUCUGCAACCACGAAAGAACACGCGAUCGAAACAGAUAGAAACGUGUAUUUCUAUCUGUCGUCGUCGUGAUUCUUCGUUCUACACGUCGAUUGUACAGUCCCUGAGUUUUUAGUUGUGUUCACUAUAUUGUAUACAGUGGGAUCAAAUUUAAACGCGUUAGAAUCGACUAACUCACGUAAACCUAAAUAAUAAUCGUCUCUCGCGUUCAGGAUUACGUUGCCCCGCGUGUGCUAGCACGCGUCGGUGACGCGUGAGACGAGAGAUAUGCCUAAAAAAAACCGUAAGCAAAAGUAAACAAAAAGAAGAAAAAAAAAAGUAUUAAAGAUAUACUUCCUUUAGAGGUAAAAAGAAAUUUAAAAAAUGACAAAAAAAAAAAAAAAGAAAGAAAGAAUCAACAGAUUAUAAAAGGACAAGGAGGUGCGAGCUUUGAACAGAUCAAUCGAUGUGUCCUCUGAAACGAAAUUUCUUACGUCGAAUUCGAGAUUGGAUUGAGAAAGAAUCGUCGUAUUGUCAUCCAAGGUUUUUCAACAGCCGGGAUAACAUGUGACGUGUGAGACAGUCGCUUUCUAGUCCGAAAAAACGUGUUACAAAAACGAAAGAAGGGGUUUAAAAAGGUCUAAACUCUACUAGAGAAUAAAAAGGGAAGACUCUCUUUCGGGCUUCAGCGUGGAAUGCUCUUAGUGUAUACCUGUUAGGGCAGCGUGUAACUAAUUAUCGAGUUAACGACGUGAUUAGAUCGAUCGAAUUCAAUUAGAUAGCAACUACGUGCAUAAAUGGUGAGAUAACUGUUUGCCAUCGCCACGACCGUCCCUUUUUUCCCCCUCCCUUCUCGACAUUUAAUUAGUUCCGUGAAAUUGCAAAUCGUUGCAACGAUUCAUCGUUCUUACUUAAUUGUCAGAGUGUAUCCCAAUAGGACAAUCACGAAACAAAUCAAAGUUUGUGUUUAGUGUGUCGCUGAAAUUCUUGUAGCUUGUAGAGCGUAUGUGGAAUUUCGAGCAGAGAAUUUAUUACCGACUUGUUUUUUUUUUAUGUAUUAUCGAAAUCCGUAUCAUUGUCCGAGAGUUCCAGUGCGCUGUUGCCGAUUGAAAGAGAGGCCGCAACGGAAUUUGUAAAUUUUUCUCUCUGCAUUGCGCCGCACGUUUCCGUCAUUGUCCAGUUCUCUUUACGUGAUUAGACUUACAUGUGGUUACAAUAUUAUAGGCCGUAUUCCUCGAAAUGAAAGCAUGUACAAAAUGUAAUAAUAAAUAUAUCUUUGGUAACGAGACACAGAUUUUCGCAUGUUUGAGAUAAAGAUUGAUAUAGCGUAAAUUCUAAUCGUGAUCUUCUUUAGCCAAUGUAUUAGCGUAUGUUACGUUUCAGUUGUUAUAUCAAUUAAACGUAUACACACAACACACGUACACACACACACACAUACACGCGCGCGUAUACACACAUAUAUAUGUGCGAGGAUUUUUAUUCGACGUUUAACAAUGAGCUUUGCGAAGCAAAAAAAGAGAAACGAUAAAUAAAAUCAGGGAGGGGGAAAGGAUAUUCAGAGUGUAGAGGAAACGAGAGGAAGAGAGAGAGAGAAUGAGAGUGAGAGAGCAGGAAUUGAUAACGAUGAUUUGUAGCUCGACACUGAACAACAGGAAAGAUCGUGCAAGCGUAUGUUCGUCAAUUUCUGCCCAACUUAAUUAUAAUGAACGAAGAAAAGAAUUGCUAAUAAUAAU